CAGCUGCUGUGUCACAGAGGGGCCCUUUGUGACACCCCAGUGCAGCACAUGGGGUCAGCAUGGCUGCUGCCCACAGUGGAUGGUGACAGGCAGGAGCCUGGAACUGACAAGCAGCCCCCGAGUGCAGCCCAUGUCUUGCCCCACCAUCCCUGGCAGCCCUGUGGGGCUGAAGUGUUUUGCUAAAGCUUCCCACGACACCACCCCAACACCCACCCCAGAAUCCCCCAUAUUGUCUAUCCCACAGAAUGGAGAAGAGACCCCCUGCCACCCCCAGGGAGGCCUGGGAGGAGGACAGCUCUUCCCAGGGGAGCAACUCUUCACAGCUCUUCUCCGUCUACGACACAACCACGAUGCAGCCACUGCAGCUGGAUGCCAGCUGGUUGCCGAUAUACGAAGAAUCAGAGGAAGCCGUGGAUUUCAUCAUGGCCUUUGUCAGCAGCCUUGACAAGGACACCCACAAGUUCACAUUUCUGAAGAGCACCUACGUCCUGUGCAAAACUGCCUUGAAACGUGGCUUGACUCAGGGCCUGGAUUUAUUCUGCCAAGCAUGCGAAGUGGUAGAGAAUAUCAAGGACCUCCUGGAAAAGGAGCCAAGGGACCAUCUAUCCUCACAGAUCCGGUAUCUUGCCAUGAUCACCAUCGACGAGUUAUGCUUGGUGGAGAAUGUGCUGGAGGGCAAAACCAAAAGCCUCCUCUCUGCAUGUUUCUCAAGUGUCUUAUUGCUCCCCUCGGAAAGGGAAAUGCCACACCAGAGCGCUUCCCUCUUCACCAAGACCCUGAAAGCCAUGGACACAAUGCUGAGGACGGUGGUGCUCAGCUUUCCUGCCUCCAGUGUCUGCAAGGAGCUGCAGGACAUCUUUGAGGUGCUGCUGGACUUCACCAGAUCCGAGAGAGAAGUUGUGCGGGAGAGGGCUGUGGGGAGGAUUGGUGUCCUGGCCAGUUUGCUGUCUAGCUAUUCCACUCUGAAGGCCUCUCUCAGCUUUGGAAGAGACAGUUUUGGACCUGCCUGCCCUGAAGACAUCUCAGUCCCAGUCAUGGGGAGGCUGGUGGGACGUCUCAUUCUUUUCCGAUAUUCCGAGGAACAAACAAGUUAUACAGCUUUCCACGCUCUGUUUUCCCUUGCUGAAUUCCUCUACAAGUCAAGGCCAAGGGAUGGGCCAGACCAAUUUGCUUGGGAAGCUGUGACCACUUCCUCUCUGUGUUACCUGAGCAUCAGAGACUGUACCCAGGUCUUUGGAAAAUACCUCCACUCCAGAGAGAGGACAGAUGUCAUCCUGGAGGCCAUUCAGGCGAUGAGAGAUGCCAGCAUCCUUGACAAGCAGGUGCCCAGCAGCAUGCUGGAUGUGGCCAUGGAAGACCCAAAAUUCUGGCUGACAGAUGUGCCCAAGACAGUGAGAUGCAUUCUUGAAAACCUGCUAUGCAUCACCACAGAGUCAGGCUGUAGGAAAGUGGAGUCGCUGUUUCUCCUGAUGACCAACGAGAACCGCUCGGCAGUGGUCAUCAGCCUGUGUGAGAUGACUCUGCGAGGAGACAGCGCUGUGCAGGAGCUGUGCGACACUCUGUCCUCCAUGCCUGAGAUUUUGGACAAGGUCCUCACGGAGUUUGCUACCUUGCUCCGGAACCACUGGUGCAGCUCUUCCAGAGAAAGCACCUGGAACUCUCACAGAGCUCCAUCCUUGGGGCACAGUGACUUGGAGGAGCUGCGUAACAAGCCCAGCAUCUGGAGCGAUGAGGGCCAUCCCGAUGUGGUGACGGCCUUCCUGAUGCUGGAGAUCCUCACUGGGCUGUCAGAGAGAGCUGAGAUGGCAAAAAAAAUUGAAGUCUUUCUGCCAAGCAUGGUGAAGAUACUGGAAGCUGGCAGUGAAGAUGAGAAGCUGAAGGUCAUUGUGGUCUUCCACAAUCUCCUGCCUCAGCUGAAAAAGUCAAAGGCCAGCUCCAUCACUGUGGCACUGGUGGGGAAGAUCAUACCCCUCUUUGACUCGCAUGAGUGUGGGCAGCUGCGAGAGCUCUCCCUCUGGCUCCUCAGAGACCUGCUGAGGUCCGUGGUGAGAAGGGAUGAGAAGAAGAUGGGGAGGGAGAUGCAGAAUGCACUGAUCCCGCUCCUCUUCCGCUUGAACGACCAUCUCCCCAGCGUGGCCAAGGCUGCCAGGGAAGCCCUUUUUGCUGCUGCAGAGCUUCUCAAAUGGAAGCAGCUCAAGCACCUGCUGCAGAGAGAGCGGAUGUGGGAGCUUGGAGAAUGCUUGUUGAUGAGGAGGGGGAGCAGGGUUGAAGAGUACAUGAAGCAGAGCCUGCCCUACCUGAAGGACCCUCAGUCCUCCGUGCGCCUGGCGGCCGUCAGGUUCAUCAGGAUCGCCACGAGGCACGUGAGGAACCAGGACCUGGAGACUCAGACUCAUAUCCUCAGUGCCCUUCAGCCCCUGGAGAAAGACAGGGAUAUCUCAGUCAGUUCCCUGGCAGCACACACGCGCUUGAUCCUCAGAGCUCCGAGGGUGCAGCGAAGAUCGUCGGUGAUUCUACAAAUGCUGUGCUGCUGGUGCCGGUGAGCUCAGCAGGGCUGCAGCUUUCUCUGGAUUAAUAAAGGUGGAAAAAACACUUCCAA